UCAUCAGAUUCCCCUCCCUUUCCCCGAUUCCUUCAGGGAUCUCUCUCUCUCUCUCUCUCUCUCUCUCUCUCUCUCUCUCGGAAACCCUAGUUUUCGCGCUUCGAGGGCCGAAGAGGAGUAGAGAAGAAGCUGUUAUUUUGGAGAUGGGGAUUUGCUUGAGCGCUCGGAUCAAGGCGGAGAGCCCAUUUCAUAGCGUUUCGUCUUCAGGAGCGACUUCAAAAUAUGUUAGCAAAGAUGGAACUAAUCUGAGCAGUUCAAGCAGCAAGGUCUCUUCAGCGUCUGUGCCUGCAACCCCUCGGAGUGAAGGCGAGAUCUUGCAGUCAUCCAAUUUAAAAAGCUUUACCUUUAGCGAACUCAAAAGUGCAACCCGGAAUUUCCGCCCUGACAGCGUUUUGGGAGAAGGUGGAUUUGGUUCGGUCUUUAAAGGGUGGAUUGAUGAGAAUUCAUUUGCAGCAACCAGGCCAGGCACUGGUGUAGUUAUUGCUGUGAAGAGGCUCAAUCAAGAUGGUUACCAGGGUCAUAAGGAAUGGUUGGCAGAAGUCAAUUAUCUGGGGCAGCUACACCAUCCUAAUCUUGUGAACUUGAUUGGCUACUGCUUCGAAGAUGAGCAACGGCUGCUCGUAUAUGAGUUCAUGCCACGUGGGAGUUUGGAAAAUCAUCUCUUUAGGAGAGGUACUUAUUUCCAGCCCCUUUCUUGGAACCUUCGCAUGAAGGUUGCUCUUGGGGCUGCCAAGGGGCUUGCAUUUCUCCACAAUGCAGAAACAAAAGUAAUAUACCGGGAUUUUAAGACAUCUAACGUGCUGCUGGACUCAAAUUAUAAUGCCAAGCUUUCUGAUUUUGGUCUGGCAAAGGACGCUCCAACAGGUGAUAAAAGCCAUGUCUCUACUAGGGUCAUGGGAACCUACGGAUAUGCAGCUCCUGAGUAUCUUGCAACAGGUCAUCUAACCACCAAGAGUGACGUAUAUAGCUUCGGAGUCGUCCUUCUAGAAAUGCUGUCUGGCCGCCGCACUGUUGACAAGAACCGGCCUUCUGGGGAGCACAAUCUGGUAGAGUGGGCCAGGCCCUUCCUGGUCCACAGGCGGAAAAUCUUCCGCGUCUUGGACUCCCGUCUUGAAGGGCAGUAUUCGACAGGAGGAGCUCAUAAAGUGGCUACUCUCGCACUUCAGUGUAUAUCGACGGAAGCCAAAUUCAGGCCUAACAUGGACGAUGUGGUUGCAACCUUGGAGCAGCUGCAGGAUGCCAAAGACAUGAUGAGAAGCCCACGAUCUGAACCAGACACCAACAGCCACAACCGCAGCAGCAGCAGCAGCAGCAGCAGUGGGCACAGGUCACGGAGAAGAAGUUCAGAUGAAGCGACCGACACAAGGGUAUCUUAUCCCAGGCCGUCUGCUUCACCCCUUUAUGCUUAGAGGCAGAUUGAACGGAUGAAUUUGUAUUUUCUUGUUUUCCGGUGGUUUGGGAGAUGAAAAAUAUCAGGAGCUUGAACAGUGUGGAUCAAUGCCCCAUUUGAUCACUGUACAGCAAUUUUUGCUGGAAUCGAACGGGUCUUGACAUGUUUCUGAGUUGAUGGGACCCACCAUAGAAGUGAUCAGACCAACCCACGACAGACCUUGCCUCCCAACCGUAGAAUCGAAGAAUCCUUGGUAGAAGAUUGCAUUACCAAGCAGAGAUGGAUGAGUGUCUGUGUGUUUUUCUUCCACAGCUGUUAGCUUUCAUUUCUCUUUUCUGGGAUUCUCUUUUGUAUUUGCAUGUAAUCUUUACUUACUCGUGCGUUAAUGAAUCGAGCUUAUAAGUUUAAAAUGUA